UAAGGUAUGUCGUCAUUUUUUGCAGUUUCACUAUCUCACUUUGCUAGGGUUUAUCAUUCUCUCUCUAACUUCGACAACAAUCUCUUCUUUUGUUCUUCCAUUUUUUCCCAGCAAUUAAUUUCUCGAAGCUGCCAAAAUGUGGGCUCUUCGUCGAGCUUCUGCAAAUUCUGUCAAAGCUCAAGGAUUAAAUCUAGCAGCGUUCCGAUCUUGUGCUGGAAUUGCACCAUUCAGUAGCCACACUGAAGAUAAGUCAAGUAACUCUCAGCAUCAUGGCUUCACACUUGAUAGUUGGAUAUCAUCUAAUAUAUGCCAGCCUAUAGUACAUUUUUCAAAUCACUUCUCAGUUGGAAAUCGAAGUCUUUCUUCAGAAGCCGGUGCUAAAAGUGGCGGAGAGGAGGAUGACGUGGAAGAGGGGUUUUCAGAGCUUGAAGCACCUGAAGCCUCUGAGACUACUGGGAAAAAUGAUGAAUCUAGUGAUAGUUCAUCUGAUUCUGAAUCUGAUUUAUCUAAUGUUGAUGAGAAUAUGGAAGAGAAUCUAGAAACUGAGCUGAUGGGGGAUGCGGAGAUGGUUGCUGGGGGAGCAGAGUCAACGAAGAAUUGGGGCCCCUCUCCUUUGUUGAAAUUAAUUUUGGAUGCAUCUGGUCAAGCUGUGUCAGAUGUUCUUGAUAGGUAUGUUGCUGAGGGAAAGGAUGUAAGUCGCACUGAAGCAUAUCAAGUGUUGCUGAAUCUUAGGCGGCGCAAGAUGUAUGUGAAGUCCUUGCAGCUGUCAGAGUGGCUGGAGAAAAAAGAGGACUUCGAUUUCACGGAGCGAGAUUAUGCAUCUAGGGUUGAUCUGAUCGCCAAGUUGCGUGGUCUUGAUAAGGCGGAAUACUAUAUCGACACGAUCCCCAAAUCCCACAGACAAGAGGUGGUGUAUAGAACUUUGCUGGCCAACUGUGUGUCUGUCACCAACCCGGCUAAAUCUGAAGAGAUCUUUAAUAAAAUGAAGGACCUAGGAUUUCCUUUGACGGCCUUUGCUUGCAACCAGUUGCUGGUUCUUUACAAGAGAACUGAUAAGAGAAAAAUUGCAGAUGUGCUUCUAAUGAUGGAGAAAGAGGAUAUCAAGCCCACUCUUUUUACUUACCAACUCUUGAUAGACACAAAAGGCAUAGCAAACGAUGUGGUUGGAAUGGAACAAAUUGUUGCGACAAUGCGGGCUGAAGGUGUUAAACCCAACAUCCGUGUCCAAGCGACCCUUGCUCGUCAUUAUGCUAAUGGUGGACUGAAAGAAAAGGCAGAGGCAGUUCUGAAGGAGAUGGAAGGGGAUGACUUGCAGGCUAAUCGCUGGAUCUGCCCCAUGUUGCUCCCUUUAUAUGCAGAUCUGGGCAACACUGAUGAUGUUGAAAGAGUGUGGAAAAUUUGCGGGUCAAAACCCCGCCAACAAGAUUACUUGGCUGCUAUCGAAGCUUGGGGAAAGCUGAAGAACAUUGAACAGGCAGAAGCCGUGUUUAAGAAGAUGACAAAAUCGCUCAGGAGCCUUUCUUCAAAGCAUUAUUCUGCCAUGCUGAAAGUUUAUGCAGAGAACAAAAUGCUGAGUAAGGGAAAGCAGCUGCUGAAAGAGAUGGGAGACAGUGGUUGCUACAUUGGACCUGUUGUUUGGGAUGCCCUUGUGAUGCUUUAUGUGGAUGCUGGGGAAGUUGAGAAAGCAGACUCAAUAUUGCAGAAAGCAAUAGAGAAGAAUCCUCAAAAGAAGCCGUUGUUUAGUUCUUACAUGGCUAUUUUAGACCAGUAUUCUAACAAGGGUGAUGUCCAUAAUGCUGAGAAACUUUUCUACAGGAUGAAGCAGGCUGGCUAUGUUUCCCGUGCAAGGCCAUUCCAUUCACUCCUCCGAGCGUAUGUAAAUGCCAAGGCUCCAGGAUAUGGGUUCAGAGAGAGGAUGAAGGCAGAUAAUAUAUUCCCGAAUAGAACAUUAGCUGGACUAUUAUCUCAGGUUGAUGCGUUUAGAAAGACUUCCGUGUCUGAUUUAAUAGAUUGAAGAACUCUUUUUAGUUGAUGCAACUGAAAGGUGUAUUUGCAGGAGGAACUGCGUACGUAAAAUUUUGCUUCUGUUUAAUA